AUGCAGAUGCUCUCUAUCCAGCCUGGGAACCUAAUUACUGCAGUUCUUCUUGCAACCAGCACUGCACUGAAAAUCCUUUUUGAUGGCUGGGAUUCCUGGGUAGUUCAUGCAGGAGAAAAGACUCACAGAUUUAUGGUGCAAACCAUAAAAGACAUUAAUGCCCAAGUUAUAGAAGAUCCCUCUUUGACGAAAAACGUUGGUGGCCAAUCUGUCCAGGCUGGAGAGGUGAUUGUCACUUCUGUUAUCUCAGCUGGAGACUUGGAGCUUCCCUCUAGAGAUGAAGAGGAUGAGGUUCAGAUAGAACAAACAGCAGUGGAGGCUACUCCUCUUGGCAGAAGAAAUCAGAGGAAGGAGACUGCUCCAGUCCAUGGUAGUGCUGCUCAGCCUGCGUCCUCAGCAGCUCCUACCACCACUUCUGGCACAUAUGAAGAAUUGAGGGAGGCUUUCGAGGUAGCGGAGCAGGAAAAAGAGCUAGAAGAAGAAGAAGGACCUCAGGAAAAGACGAAAGAAAUGGAAGAAGAAAAACAACAGGAGGCCCCAAGGGUAGAGCUGACUAGUUCAGAGUUGGCUCUUUUUGAGGAUGCAGAGGCAGAACACUCCACUGCUAUUCUGGCACCUGAGAAACAGGCGAAGCAGUCUAUGCCUAUCCAUUCCCUUCCAGGUUCAUCUGCCACUGCUUCCUAUGCUGAUCUAGAGCUGGCAGAAUUUGAGGCGACACCCAGCUGGACAAGCUUGAGAAACUCAGCUCUACUCCUUUCAAGGGAAAGUCCAAGGCGGUGGAUGAGGCAGUGGAUAGAGUGA